UAGAAGUUGCAGCCCGGGAGUUGGAGGCCGCUGAGGACGGAGCACAGGAGGGAGGAGGUAGCGCGCGGCAGCGGUCGGCGCGGAGGAGACUGCAAACCCCAGACCCGGCCCAGUGCACCGCUCAGGCCCGGAAAGUGGAGCCGCAACUUGGCCACGACUGCACCUGUUUGCACCUUUCCGCCGAAGGCGACCGGGUUGCUGUGGCGGCGAAGACUGCGACCCCGACCGUUGGCCUCUUUGGCAAGUGGUUUGUGCACCAGGAGAAACUUUCCACCCACGAGCCUAACCAGCGUUGAGUGCGUGCGUUUUUGCCUCUUUUUUGUUGUUGUUGCCUCCACCCUCCCCCAUUCUUCUCUCUGCUCUAGGAACCCCUGCGUCUCGCUGCGUUUGAACUCCUCUCCAUCUCCCCCCGCCCCAGCCGUCUAUGCCCCAGGUCCUCUCCUCGCGGUGCUGGUGAACCCGCGAGCCGCCUCGAUGUACAGCAUGAUGAUGGAGACCGAUCUGCACUCGCCCGGGGGCGCUCAGGCCCCCACGAACCUCUCGGGCCCGGCUGGGGCGGGCGGCGGAGGAGGUGGGGGCGGCGGCGGGGGCGGCGGCGGCGGCGGAGCCAAGGCCAACCAAGACCGGGUCAAGCGGCCCAUGAACGCCUUCAUGGUGUGGUCCCGCGGUCAGCGGCGCAAGAUGGCCCAGGAGAACCCCAAAAUGCACAACUCUGAGAUCAGCAAGCGCCUGGGGGCCGAGUGGAAGGUCAUGUCCGAGGCCGAGAAGCGGCCGUUCAUCGACGAGGCCAAGCGUCUGCGCGCGCUGCACAUGAAGGAGCACCCGGAUUACAAGUACCGGCCCCGCCGCAAGACCAAGACGCUGCUCAAGAAGGACAAGUACUCGCUGGCCGGCGGGCUCCUGGCGGCCGGCGCGGGAGGCGGCGGUGCGGCCGUGGCCAUGGGCGUGGGCGUGGGCGCCGCGGCGGUGGGCCAGCGCCUGGAGAGCCCAGGCGGCGCGGCGGGAGGCGGCUACGCGCACGUCAACGGUUGGGCCAACGGCGCUUACCCCGGCUCGGUGGCGGCGGCGGCCGCGGCCGCGGCCAUGAUGCAGGAGGCGCAGCUGGCCUACGGGCAGCACCCGGGCGCGGGGGGCGCGCAUCCGCACGCGCACCCUGCGCACCCGCACCCGCACCACCCGCACGCGCACCCUCACAACCCGCAGCCCAUGCACCGCUAUGACAUGGGCGCUCUGCAGUACAGCCCCAUCUCCAACUCGCAGGGCUACAUGAGCGCCUCGCCCUCGGGCUACGGCGGCCUCCCCUACGGCGCCGCGGCCGCUGCCGCCGCUGCCGCGGGCGGCGCUCACCAGAACUCGGCCGUGGCGGCGGCGGCGGCGGCAGCGGCCGCGUCGUCGGGCGCCCUGGGCGCGCUCGGCUCGCUGGUCAAGUCGGAGCCGAGCGGGAGCCCGCCAGCCCCGGCUCACUCGCGGGCGCCGUGCCCCGGGGACCUGCGCGAGAUGAUCAGCAUGUACUUGCCCGCCGGCGAGGGUGGCGACCCGGCGGCGGCCGCUGCGGCCGCGGCGCAGAGCAGGCUUCACUCGCUGCCGCAGCACUACCAGGGCGCGGGCGCGGGCGUCAAUGGCACGGUGCCCCUGACGCACAUCUAGCGCUGCCUGGAUGCCGGGACACUUCGGCCCGCGGCCGGCGACUCGGUGACCACCGAGCUCACGGCCCGCACCCAGGCUUCCGCCAGACCCGGCCGGCCUUGCUUUUGUACAGACGUUUCCACGCUCUUGUGAAAUGAAAACGCUGGAGACGAACACCAGGUGACAUGCUCCCCACUCACCUUUCCAGGAGUUCCUGGGACCACUAGGCGCUGAAUCAAGGCUUGCGUUUGAGACUGAACUUGGGUGUUUUAUUGAGACUUUUUGUACAGUAUUUAUCAUCCACGGAGGAGGGGACAAAAAGACAAAAAAAAAAAAAAGCGAGGGGCGAUGCCAACUUUUGUAUCACAGCCAGCGCGCUUUCAUCCUGCAUUGCUUCCUGGCGGCGUGGAUUGCCCGAGGCCUGUGAUGGGGAGCUGGUCUCGUUUGUUAUAAAUGUAGUAAGGCAGAUCCAAACAUUUACAAGGUUUUUGUAGUUGCUACCGCUCUUCUGAGUUGGUUUGUUAAUUUAUACAAAGAGGUUAACACCCCCCCUUCAGGUGGCGGAGUUAUAUUCUGGGUUUUGUAAAACUUUAUGUAUCUCAGCAUUUUCAUUUUUUUGGUUUUGUAUUAUUUCAUGUAAAUGCAUUGUGAAAUUUUUAUUUUAGGCAUUGCGGUGCGGGGAGGAGGAAUCAGAUUAUGUACAUAGUUUCCUAAAAAGCCUUUCUUCUAAAAACGAAAAAAGAACCCCCCCAAAUUGUAUUGAAUUUUGAAUCAAUAAAUUUAAGAGAGAAAAAAGCCCGCUUUUCCCCAUAAAUUUGAAACGUGCUAAUUUUAUAUGCAUGUUUUAUAAGUUCAAAGUACAAUUAGUAAAUCCUGAGGAGGAGAAAUAAAUUAUCAGCAUGAACUAAAUGUAAGGGAACCCCAGGGGCUUGGGAGUAGGAUUUUCUUGGAGCUUUAUUCAGUGGAAAGGAAGAAAGUUAAAAUCCAUAAAUUAUUUUGUAGAGUUGAAGUGUUAAUAUGAACGAGGCAUAAUUACAAAAAUAUCUUCUUUUGGUCUGGCCCUGCAAGUGCCUGGGACGAGGGCAGGUUCUGCUUUUCCGUGCUGCCAGCUUUGCGCCCUCCUGGCCUGGCAGGGCGUCUGCAGGGCAGCUGGGCCCGGAGGAGAAAGGAGGAAGGAAAGACCCCCGCGGCGGCGGGACUAGGCCAAGGAUUGGGGACAAAGGCCAUGGCGGGGACACGGGACCCCCAAUUCCCCAAUUAAGAUUGGGAGCAGAAAUUAUUUGAAUGUGGUUCAAGGAAACACAAUCACUGAACCAAAAUGUACUGCAGCUGAACCCCUCCGUCCCCCUCUGCCUCUUUCUCCUUGGGAACUGGGCACAGUAAUUUUGCGGGAUUUUCACACACACACAAAAUCGAGCCCCUCUUUCUCUCACGGGAACUGGUAUGCAAGUUGCUAAAGGACGAGACCGCGAAAUGCCGGUUGUUAUUCCUAUGAGGUCUUGAGGCUGUUUGAUGCUUUAAAUUUUUUAAUUAUAUUUUUUCUAGGUGUUUAUUGGUACAUUGCAGUUUUUCUGAAAUUUAAAGUUUUCUGUAAAACUUUGUCUUCAAGUAAUCUGACAGCAUUAAAUAUUGCAUUUAAAAGUUAUACUUAGCAAAUACAUUUUGAAAUUAAUCACAAUAUUAAGAUGAAAUUAUAUUUUUGAAAAAAAAAAACACUUUAAAUCCAGAUUGAAAUAUGUUGAUUUCUGCAGCCUUAGGCUUCUCCCCUUAUUUCUCAACAUCUUUUCUGUCCUGGAAUGAAUGAGUAUGGACUAUCCAUCCAAAAGUGGGCCUAUGCCAUCAGUUUAAUGAGAACUGAAUUCAGUCUGCAUUCGAGAAUAGCUUUAAGUAUAAUGCUAAUCUGACAAUUGACAUGUGUAAUUUUUUUGAAUCAUUUUGAUAAUUUUGCUUAAACCACUCAUUCGUUAAAGUGAUU